CUUUAUAUUUGUUUUUUAGCAAUUUGUAAUACUACUUAAUAAAUGUCUUCACAAAAGAGGGGUUCUGAUCGGAGUUACAAUGAAGAUGUAUUCUUGUGUAACUCUUGGGUGUCUAUUUCUGAAGAUGGUGCAGUUGGAAUCAAUCAAGCGGGCUUCAUUCUAGUCCCGAGUUCACAUGUUGUUCUGUCAACAAGCAAAUACGACAGUUCGAACUAGGGAGGCUGUUGAAUCACGGUUCAAAGUUAUCAAUCAUCAGUGUUCGUUAUGGAAGGGGAGUUUGCGAAAGGCAAAUGCAACCCAGAGAAGUGGAUCGAAUCUAAUCGAUGUGACGUUUGCCGCAAAAAUAAUAUUUGUAAAUGACAAUCAUAACAAGGCCUUUAAGUUUGACCAUGCUUGGCAUAUACUUCAAGCAUGUCUGAAGUGGUAUCAACAAUAUGAUACUACUCCCACUUUUAGGCAUGUACCUUCUGUCACUCCUGAUACCUUUGUUGGAGGAAGUAGUGGUUCAUCUCCUUCCGAUGGUAUAAGUGGUCCUCUACGACGUCCCGAGGGGCAUGACAAACAGAAGGGAAAGAAAAUAGCAAAAAAUAAGAAUUCAAGGACGAACCUCGUGAUGCUUGAGUACAUGGAAAGAAUGUUGAAGCAAGGGGAGCAAAUGGAAAAGAGAAGAGAGGAGAAGUAUGAGGCGGCGAAGGAGAAUGUUGAUGCGACUACAAGACUGAGACAUAUAUGUCGUAACCAUGGACCUAAGUCAAUACUCACCGAGGAAGCAGAAGUGGCUAAAAGAACAACAAAAUGCCAUUUUGGGCCAUGAUCAAGAUGCCUCGAGUACCGAUGCCGCCACUUCCGCAUAUGGGGAUGACUACUUUCCUAGAUUUGACUAGGGCAUGGAUGGUGUGGUCUUUCCUUUUUCGUUUUUUUAUUUAAUUCUAGUGUAUUUCAGUUUUCUUUUUGUUAUUUAAUUCUAGUGUAUUUCAGUUUUCCUUUUUGUUAUUUAAUUCCAAUAUAUUUCAAUUUUCGUA